AUGCAGAGCAUGGGAACCACCUUCUACACGAGCGGGCUCGGCGUCGGAAACUUCCUCAAGAGCCUGCUUGUGACGUUUGUCGACCGGGCUACCAGGGCGAGCGCCGGCAAGAGCUGGAUCGGUGACAACCUGAACGACUCGCACCUCGACUACUACUACGUGUUGCUGCUGCUACUCUCCGUGGUGAACAUGGCGCUCUUUAUGUGUAACUAA